AGUAGACUAUGCUCUCAAUCUUCUCUCGUUCCUGUCGCUUUUUCUUUCUCCUGUCCUUCGACUUCUCUCCUUCUCUUUUUCCCGUCCCCGGCUCCAUCCACUAUUCCAUCCAUCUCCGCCAUCCCCUAAGGCCCCUUCUUCUCAUACGCAUCUUAUCCUGCUCAUUUCCAAAACUAUUCUCCAUUAAUUACACUCUCCUCACACUGGUCAUACUGCUUUAGUAUCGUCAAUGCUCUGUCGUAUCCCCAGUAUCCGGGAGGGAGUAACGAAACUAUUCAUAUUCUCAGCCAUCCUCGCCUUUACGCCCCAUUUCCAUACCCAUGCUCAGUCCAAAGGACCAGGGCCACGUGCGGGUCAUUGCGUGGUUGAACAUAAAAACACCCUUUAUUUCCUAGGAGGCACUGCACCGACCUCCGACGGCUAUGCUGCAUUUACGUCCCUCAAAUUACCCCUGACCGCAGCUUCCACUGCAGACCCAGAAACAUUCCCUUGGCUUGACCUGCCAGAUUCUCCUGUACCCAUUCAAAUCACAAACCUUACGAUGACCUAUUCAAGCCAGACUCCAACAUCUACACCUUCGUGGAUCGACUGUUUUGCAACAGAUGAUGGGCGUAUUAUCGUAGUAGGCGGGGGUUUCCAAUUGCUUGUCUACAACAUCGGUACAUCUUCCUGGAGCGACACUGCCACACCGGCCUCGUCCAUCAUAUUCGGCCCAAAUGUAUCCUCGAACAUGUUCCUGAACCCAGUCUACAUUCAGUCAAGGAUCCUGGCGGACGGAUUUACGGCCCUCGUCGUCUGCACUCUCACAUGGAACAGCCAACCUCAGCCGUACUAUCUGGACACGAAUACAUGGCUGGUCACGCUCGCAAUUGGGACAUCUCAAACAACCCCUCCAGGCACCACGGGGGCCUUGAGCGGCUGGGGCGCCAUCCCAGGCGGAGGAACCUUGCUGCCGCCGGCUGGUUUCCGACACUAUACACUUGCCAUCUUGGGACAGGAUAAAAAUGAGCCUAAAAAGAAUUACGGCAACGGGCGAGCGUUCAUCAUAGGAGGUUACUCGACAUUAGUAACGGGCCAGGUCCAGGACUGGGAUGCAAUUACGUCUUUUCCUGUUCAGCAAGCGCCAUCAAACGUGGUAGUCAUGUUUGGAAACAUGGGUUCACUUCCAAAGAUAACAAGGGGGUCCGCUGCAUAUCCAGUAUCACCUUCGCAACUCGACAUCUUCCCUGGAAACGGUGGUGGGUCGAGCACACAGCAGCAGAUUGUGGUCUUUGAUAAGAACCAAAACGUGGCGACAAUGCUGUCUGGGAUCACAGGAGGACCUAGAAACACAAUGUUCCGCGGCGCGACAGUCAUCGGACAAGGACAGCAGAUAUUUCUGCAUGGCGGGCUCAAAAGUCUGGACUUCAGUGCCCCACAGGAAUCUCCUCCGCUCGACUAUCUGGACCAAUCUGUCGGUGUCUGGAAUGGUGGAUCUCAACAAUGGGGCGACACCGUCGACAUUUACACCCCAAAGAAGUCCAAUUCAUUGAUGAUUGGAGUGAUUGCUGGGGGCGUUGCAUUGGUACUGCUCAUCGUAAUUGGAAUCUGGUUUAUCAGGAGAAGACGACGGAUGCGCAUGCAUGAGGAGGAGGAGCGGCAAACCAAAGGCAUGGUGUUGAAGAGCGAGGACAUGUUGCAAAAGGAGCAUAGGGUCAGCCGCAAUGGUGAUAGCAACCCAAGCAGCGGUACCACUCCCGUAGUCGCUUUUGCGCAUCCGCUGCUGGCCGGAUACCCCCACGCUGAAACCGGGACGCAUAGCCUACUGAAGUACUCGAACGGACUCCCCAGCGAACAAAACUACAGUCAAAUUCAGAACCCCUACGCCAAGGCAGAGUCGAUCAUGGACGAAUUUGCGACGCAGGCAGCUACAGCGACGCGCAUUCCGCAUGCUCCUCAAGAGUACCCGCCGUCCAGCACAAUUAACGAAGAUGCUUCGAGCGGCGACAUAUCGAGGUCGCCGUCGCAUUACCAGACUGUAGUCAGUGUCCCUGGACGCCCAUUGUACGGAAUGGGCUCAUAUGGUAUCGCGAAGCAGGAACUCACAGACAUUGUCUCUGCUCCCGAGCCUCUAGAGCCAUCAACCUUGGAAGACCUUGAGAACCUCAGGACCCUACGAGCGAGUCUCGACGGCAGUUCCCAAACAUUGCUCGGUACUCCGCAUACCCAGCGGGACUCCUCUCUCGAUAUUCGCCCGUACACCAGAACCUCAUCCACAUCAUUCACUCAAUACGGAGGCACCUAUCAAAGCCCCUACAUGUCUUCGCCUGCAUUUUCGGCAACGUACUCAAUGCCGGACUCUGCGCACGGUAGUGACACGGCGGGUUCAUCACUUAUCCGAUAGGAUUCGCCUUCUGCCAACCUCAUGAACCAAAUUGCAAACAUGCACGUGUAUACUACAGCAUCCCCUCCCAGAGAUCAGCACAGCUCCAAAAUCUCUUUCCGUAGUGCCCCUAAUUAACAUUUUUAAUCUCUC